GCUCCCCUCUGAAAAAUGUGUAAAGUAUUUUCGAUACGCCCGCGUGCACGGAGCGCGGGACCACCACGAGGACGCGGAGUUGCAGCGCGAAAGAUACACACGGGCAGCUGAAGUCUGUGUACCCCGAGCCCGCCGCCGCUCUCCAUCUCUAUAAGUAAUUCAUAGUGUUUUGACAACUGCUUAUUUUCUGAAAUUGCUAACCACGUAGUCUGGGGCAUGCUUGUAUAAUGCAGUUAUUCCAAGAAACCCAAGUGCCUUACUCUCCUAGGAAAAGGUUCCAGGAAUAGACAUCAGUGCCCUCGAUAAAAUUUUGAAACAGCUGCCUCCUCCUCUCCAAAGCUCUACUUUUUCCAAAGCUCUUCAGUUUGCUUCGAUGACUUCUGGGAGAAAGCCUUAAACGGGUGCUUCAUCAGCCCCCUCUUUAUAACCUCUGCCGGUUAUAAAGAAAAUCAGGCAUGAAAUUGGAGAGAUUCUCUUUCACCUUGAGGCAGCUGUCGAAUCGGAGGUAGCACCAACGUAGAGGAACUGAUCGAACCCAGCAGGAUGUUUGGACCUGAUCUUCAUCUUCUGCCGUCACCCUCCGCCCUCCCUUUUUUUCUGCCCAAGCCCUGCUCACUACUCUACCCUUUCAUGUUUCUCCGUCUUGCUACAUUUCUGACAGUCGUGACUUAGCUAAGAAGUAAAUACAAGCUAUCAGUCCUUUCUCUAACUCCUAACAUUCUGGAUACAAGUAACAAGAUAAAGCAAACAGGUAAAACUGCAUGGAGGGCCCACUGCAUUCUUGACCUGAGAACUAAGGAGAACCAAUAUUGUAGACACAGCAAGACUUAGGAAAGUUGGGCUUAGAGAAGUAAUGACCACCAAAGAAAUCUCACGGUGGCAGAGUAAAAUUUGAUAUGUACAAAAAGUAGGUUGAUGAAUCAAAUCUUUGUGUAUAACGUAACCAGGAAAAAUAGAAGAAAAUAAUAUCAAGAUAAGAUGAAAUGGAAAACAUUUGGAAAAAUUUUACUUUAUUGUUUAAAAAAUUGAUCAAGGAAUUAACUUGGCUUAAUGAAAUCUCCAGAAAUGCUUGCUUAAUAAAAACCCAAUCGUGUCUGUAUACGUUUGAUUAAAAUAUUGGCUUAACAUAUACUAGGGUCAGCAUAGUGGGGUCAUAAUGAUCCUCCAGCAGGAUGAACAGAAAUUAACUCAGGAAAAUUUAGGCAUUUCAUAUAUUCCUUUCUUACAGCUGGUUAUGAGCAUCAAAGCUGUUGGAGGCUAGGAAAGAGCAAGGAGAGUUGGAAACAGCCGUUUUCUUUGAAAAAAUUUGAAGGAAAACAGUGAGAGAUGUUCUUUUUGGCCAGAAAAAAACCAUUUUGGCUAAAAAUAUCCAUGACUUCAAUUUAGCUCUAAACUAAAUGUUCCUGUACCUUGGUUUGCUUAAAUCUCGCUUUUGUUCCCCAGUUUGGUAAACCAGUAAGGCCAUGUGUUGGAAUAAUUUAUUUCACAAAAAGAACAGAGUAGAAUUUGUUUUACCGGGUAGUGUAAACUCUGAAAUAUUUUUUAAGUGUAAAUUACAAUGUCAUGUUUUGGCUAAUUGCUUGAGUCUAAAAAAGUGUUAAAAUAGUGUCAAAUGCUACUCGAAAAUCUCAGAUGAGCAUGCUGUUUAAUAUUUAUCUUCAAAAAGCAAAAAAUGGAGCUUAUGUUUAAAAAUAAAACAACCAAAAACCUGUCUCAGGAAGCGUAGCCUGUACAUGACGUAAUAGGUGAGUUGGUUAAAUUGCAUAUACAGUCAGUUUACAUACAUAAAAAUGACUAGCAUUUUUCAUCUUACUCUUGCUCUGUGUGUGUCUGGAAGACCUCCCCUGCCCAAGUUGGGAUUUUUUUUUGCUUCUUUAGAAGAAGAGGAAGUGGUAUUGGGUAUGUAAAUUUUGCCUUCUACAGCAGAACACAACAGUGUUUUGUCACUACUGUUUGGUGGCAACUGGGUGCCAAAAUUGUGCGCUUCAAUCUUGCACCAGAAUUUUGACCUCUCUCCACCAUCAAGUAGACUGCUGUAGGAGCAGCUCUGCAGGCUUUUAUUGCACGACAUUGUAAAAUAAAUCUAUCAGAAUGACACCUUCUCAGGUUACCUUUGAAAUAAGAGGAACACUUUUACCAGGAGAAGUUUUUGCAAUAUGUGGAAGCUGUGAUGCUUUGGGGAACUGGAGGCCUCAAAAUGCCGUGGCUCUUCUUCCAGAGAAUGAGACAGGUGAAAGCAUGUUAUGGAAAGCUACCAUUGUACUCAGUAGAGGAGUAUCUGUUCAGUAUCGCUACUUCAAAGGGUGCUUUUUAGAACCAAAGACUAUCGGUGGUCCAUGUCAAGUCAUAGUUCACAAGUGGGAGACUCAUCUACAACCACGAUCAAUAACCCCUUUAGAAAGCGAAAUUAUUAUUGACGAUGGACAAUUUGGAAUUCACAAUGGUGUUGAGACUCUGGAUUCUGGAUGGUUGACAUGUCAGACUGAAAUAAGAUUACGUUUGCAUUAUUCUGAAAAACCUCCUGUCUCAAUAACCAAGAAGAAAUUUAAAAAAUCUAGAUUUAGGGUAAAGCUGACACUAGAAGGUCUGGAGGAAGAUGACGAUGAUAGGGUGUCUCCCACUGUUCUUCACAAAAUGUCCAACAGCCUGGAGAUAUCGUUAAUAAGUGACAAUGAGUUCAAGUGCAGGCAUUCACAGCCGGAGUGUGGGUAUGGCUUACAGCCUGAUCGCUGGACGGAGUAUAGCAUACAGACAAUGGAACCGGAUAACCUGGAACUGAUAUUCGAUUUUUUUGAGGAAGAUCUCAGUGAACACAUAGUUCAGGGCGAUGCCCUUCCUGGACAUGUGGGUACAGCGUGCCUCUUAUCAUCCACCAUUGCUGAGAGUGGGAAGAGUGCUGGAAUCCUUACUCUUCCCAUCAUGAGCAGAAAUUCCAGGAAAACAAUAGGCAAAGUGAGAGUUGACUAUAUAAUUAUUAAGCCAUUACCAGGAUACAGUUGUGACAUGAAAUCUUCAUUUUCCAAGUACUGGAAGCCAAGAAUACCAUUGGAUGUUGGGCAUCGAGGUGCAGGGAAUUCUACAACAACUGCUCAGCUUGCUAAAGUUCAAGAAAAUACUAUUGCUUCUUUAAGAAAUGCUGCUAGUCAUGGUGCAGCCUUUGUAGAAUUUGAUGUACAUCUUUCAAAAGAUUUUGUGCCUGUGGUGUAUCAUGAUCUCACCUGUUGUUUGACUAUGAAAAAGAAAUUUGAUGCUGAUCCAGUUGAAUUAUUUGAAAUUCCAGUAAAGGAAUUAACAUUUGACCAGCUCCAGUUGUUAAAGCUCGCUCAUGUGACUGCACUAAAAUCUAAAGAUCUGAAAGAAUCUGUGGUUGAGGAAGAAAAUUCUUUUUCUGAAAAUCAGCCAUUUCCUUCUCUUAAGAUGGUUUUAGAGUCUUUGCCAGAAGACGUAGGGUUUAACAUAGAAAUAAAAUGGAUCUGCCAACAGAGGGAUGGAAUGUGGGAUGGUAACUUAUCAACAUAUUUUGACAUGAAUCUGUUUUUGGAUAUAAUUUUAAAAACUGUCUUAGAAAAUUCUGGGAAGAGGAGAAUAGUGUUUUCUUCAUUUGAUGCAGAUAUUUGCACAAUGGUUCGGCAAAAGCAGAACAAAUAUCCCAUAUUAUUUUUGACUCAAGGAAAGUCUGAUAUUUAUCCUGAACUCAUGGACCUCAGGUCUCGGACAACCCCCAUUGCAAUGAGCUUUGCACAGUUUGAAAAUCUACUGGGGAUAAAUGCACAUACUGAAGACCUGCUCAGAAACCCGUCCUACAUUCAAGAGGCAAAAGCUAAGGGACUAGUCAUAUUCUGCUGGGGUGAUGAUACCAACGACCCUGAAAACAGAAAGAAAUUGAAGGAAUUUGGAGUUAAUGGUCUAAUUUAUGAUAGGAUAUAUGAUUGGAUGCCUGAACAGCCAAAUAUAUUCCAAGUGGAGCAGUUGGAACGCCUGAAGCAAGAAUUGCCAGAGCUUAAGAGCUGUUUGUGUCCCACUGUUAGCCGCUUUGUUCCCUCAUCUUUGUGUGGUGGGGAGCCUGACAUCCAUGUGGAUGCCAAUGGCAUCGAUAACGUGGGGAGUGCUUAGUUUUGAUUGGACAGAGGCCAUUGUGGGGCAUGUACCGCUGUUCUGGAUAUUCAGUUUUCAUCAGUGAAGCAUUGUUUUUCUAUGUCUUUUAGGUUUCUUGGUCCAAUGAAGCAAUAAUGAAGUAUUUUACUAUUUCACUACUGUUCUUGCUAGAAUUUCAAAAGUAUGCUAUUUAAAUCACUUGGCCAGGUAUAACUACCAGUCAUUCUCUUUACAAUGAGAAAAUUUAUUGGUUGGUAAAUAUUUUAAACUAAAUAUGUAAACGUAUAAUGUUAAACAAAUGUUCAUUAAAAGCAUAGCACUUUGAAAUUAACUAUAUAAAUAUCUCAUAUUUACACUUCUUACAGCUUUUCAUUUGAUCAGGCCUGAAAUAUUUAGUACUUGAGGAACGUGGCUGUGCAUAAUUAUACCUGACCAUGGAAGAAAUAAGUACCUCAAAUGCAUGCAUUUGCACUGGUGAUUCCAACUGCGCAAAUCUUUGUGCCAUCUGUGUAUAUAUGUGUUUUUUACAUGUGUUGACAUGCACAUAUACCAUUUUCAUUCAGUAUGAACCUUGAGGCUGCUGCCAUCUUCCCACUUAACCAAACCAAUGCCUGUGUAAACAGCCUGGGGGUGAUCCUUAAAAACUUGUUUCAUGCGUCUUUCAAAAGUUGUUUUGCAUAAAUGUUAAAAUUUCACAAUGCUGCAGGGUAAUCUAAUGUAUAAAAUAUUAGAAGUAUGUAUUGCAUACUUAGUAGAGUAGAUCAUAAUGUAUAAAUUCUAUUCAAUGCAUGCUUUAGGUUUCAAGCAUGAGAUUGUUCACGUUUACUGUAAGUCCUUGCAUCUGUGGUGCUAGGUGAGUGUGAGAAGAUGUCAAGGACUGAAGAUAUUUUGUUGCCUAAAAAAAAAACUCUGUUUGUAGGCAUUUUGAAUACGCUUAUUUUAAGUGUCUCUCACUACCUAUUACACACAGUUGCUUUGUGGGUUUGUUUUGUGUGUGUGUCUUGUACAGUAGUUAAAUCUCCAUGCAGAAAAAUAAAUGUCCUGAAUUCUCAUAUUGGUAUUCUUUAUUGGUUAAUGUAUAUCAUGCAUGUAAUUUAUUUAGGAAUGUAGAAGAUCCUACUAAGUGUAUAUGCAUGUUUUUAGGAUUAUACUAAUGUUUCCUUCAUCAGAAGCAGUUUGUUUUGGCAUAACUGUAAUUUAAGAAUGAAUGUUAAAUAAAAUACACAGAUUUAUUUUCUUCAUUAUAAAAUGUAAUUUUAAAAAGGUGUUACUUUUGUGGAAUUGGUUCUAUAAUAUUCUUAUGAGAAGUUGGAAUUUAGUACCUACCCUAAAGGGAUGGCUUGUUUGCGUCUCCAUUUUACUGCAUGUUCUUCACUAGGCAGUUUAUUCAUGUACUGACAUAUUUUGGUAGUAGCUGAGAACCUAAGACUUGGAAUUACGCAUUGUAUCUUUUUAUUUUUUAAGUCAAACAAUCCAGUUUGGGUCAGAUCUUAAUUGUGUGAGGAUAGGCUUUGAAAUCCUGUGGUACCAUGUUUGUAACACUGAUGUUUGAUGGAAAAUAGUUGGAAAUGGAGUCUUCUACAAGGGUUCUAUAUACUUUUCCCAUGUUGAAUGAGAUUUUCCAACUCUUUGGUGUGAAUUAGGCACUUUUAGAAAUCUUCUGAAAAAAUUAGUUUUCUUCAUCUGUAGACCUCUGUACAAUACAAGUACCAUUACCUCUGGUCACUUAAUUAGCCAUAUAUGCACAUUUCUAGGCCUCUUUGUUUGUUUUAUGCUUUUCCAGUUCCAGCCUCAUUUUGAAGACUCGCCAGAUGAUAAAGGGAAAGAAGAGAGGAUGAGGAAAGGAGGUGAUGGGGGGUGUGGAGUUUUCCUGAACAGUGUAAUUUGCUGAGAAGGACUUAGACUGCUCAUGACACAGACAGAACCUCAUUGCUCACUUUCUUUCCUGUCUCUUCCUGACCUUACAAGCCAGGGUUAGUGUUGAUUAAAACAUAACAGACAGUGGCUCCCCAUUUUUAUAGGACUAAGCCUGGGCUUCCAUGUCACUAGCUGUUGCCGUGUACACUCUGCGCCUGUGCUAGGCCCUGGCCACACCAUGCGCCUACACUCUCCCUGUGUGUAGCCGUGUGCCCUCGGCCUAGAAGCUUUGACCUCCCCGCAGAUGCUUUCUCCUUGCCAAACUCAUUUCUCCUUGAGCCCUUGACCUCUCUCCCCUGAGCCCUUGCUGAAACUCCUUCGGAAGGGAUGGCUCGAUCGUUUUUACUCCAUAGCCAUGUGUUCAUAUCUUGAUCACGCCGUGCGUCUUAGCACAUUCUGGGUGGGCACGGUUGAUGUUUGUCUCAUCUGCCAGGCUUCGGGCUCUUCAAGGGCGGGGACCUUGUCUUACUCAUUUUUAUUUCCACAGUGCGUGGAACAUAGUAGAAAAUAAAUGUUGGAAUUAUUGGGAUAAUAUAAUUUGUAUCAAAUGCCCUUUUGAAUUAAGAGAUUUAGAUAUGUUUACUAAGAAGGUAAACUUUGAAUUGGUUUACAUUUUGACAGUUGGGACAGUUUCUUGAUGUCAAUUUUAAAUGUAGAGGUAUAACGUUAAUUGUUUUAUAUUUUCUGGAAAUUGAGUGAAAUGUUUGAUAAAAUGCUGCCAUUGUUCUCUGGUAUUUUCUACUCUCUGGAAUUAUGUACUGUAACUGACUGAUGUAAAUGUGAGGAACAUACUCAUUCCUCUGUGGUAGUGCCUGAGGCCUCCACAGCCGCCCGUUUACCUCACUCCCAUUGCUCCAUGUGACCCUUCCCUUUCUUCUCCCCUCCAGACCCCACGCUCACGGCUACCUCAGUACCGCUUUCCUUGUCUGAAAUGCCUUCUCUGUCUUCCUUCAGUGUCCAGCUCAAGUGCCACCUCCUCCAUAAAACUGCCUCCGCUUUUGAUCAGUCACGAUGCAGACGGCCUCUAAAUCUCACUACUCCAUUUUGCAGCUGGGGUGAUAAACCCAGAGAAGUCCCCUGACUUACCAGGCCGGGAGUGGAACUGAGUUUUGUGACUCCUAAUCCUAUGUUCUUAAACUACUCUGCCUUCUGAAUUCUUAGGGCAUUUCUUAGCAUAUGCUUUCUUAGAGUCCAGCUUACUAUGUGCCUGUCCUAUUUCCCUAAUAAGAUUGUAAGCCCCUUAAGGGCAGGGACUUCUUUGCAUUCUACCACUCCUAUAGUAUUCUAUAUUUAGUUAUGAACUAGAUAAAUAAAUGGUGGUGGCAACAA